AUGCAUUGCAUUUCUUGGCUUGCUUUUGUUCUCGUUAUUUAUAUCUGUCAAGCACAACCUGUCACAGAGACUCACUGGUCAAUAGAUGACGAUCAUUAUAAGUAUGAUGCAACCGAGGCUGAAACACAUCAGACCAUUCUUCACGUAUCCACAGCAGAAAAUCCUCUGGAUCAUACAGUACAAACCAGUGCCAGUCAUGAACCAAUCGAAAUCCAAGUACAGUUUGACAAAGACGCACGGCAAAGUGUCAAACUGGUUUACAACAGUGGCAGUCGCAAUUAUUGUUACUGUGUUCUGCCAUUUAUUCUCGCUACUCUCGUGGGAAUGCUCCAGUUUUGA